AUGGCGAACUUGCCGAGAAGUGUUUCUUUAAUCAACCUGGAAACGGAGAGCAUUGGCGGGUGUUCCAACACGACUUACGCCACUUCCGAGAUGCGCCUCAAGAACAAUGUCAGGACUCUCUAUGAGCGCAUGCAGGCGGCUCUGCGUCAUGGCAGGCGGAAGCAGAAGCGUGGGCUGGAAAUUUCUGGGCCGUUUGGUCUAAAAAAGGAGCCUGUUCUGCUCCCCGGCAUCUCACAAGAAGAGCUCUGUAUCCUUCGAGAAAAGGCUGCCGCUAGUCGCAUCGGUGUUGCUGAAGACUCCAUGUUCCCCGAUCCAACAGCUAGCCUGCCUCGGUCAAUCCGUUCUCGCUCUCCUCACCGAAGCCCUUCGCCGUUUUCCGUUGUCUCUGCCACUCAGCAGCAGCCCAACUAA